AUGAUUUCUUUAGUGUGUUCUAACUCGGGUUCAUGCACGGCAGCCUUGAUCUUCUACACUUGUGUAUGGAUCCCGUUUAUUCAGUUCAAGAGAUUUGUUUUAAGCCUGCUUGGUUUUGUUUUCCCACAGAGGUGCGGGACGAUCAAUGUUUCUCUUCCGGUGGCGAGGUUUGAAGAUUUGAAGUUUUCCGCCGGAUGCUGCAACGCGGCGGAAGAGGAAGUGUGUUCCAUAUGCUUGGUUGAGUUCGAUAACGACGAUGCAGUGAGCCAAAUCCAGAAAUGCAAACAUGUUUUUCAUAUGAAUUGCAUUGAGAAAUGGAUGGAACGCUGUCACUUCACUUGCCCACUUUGCAGAUCUGUCUUGUUUAAUAAUGUAAUUUCUGCUCAUACAAAAUGUGGAGACAUUGCUUCAUAUACAGCGGCCGAUUUGGUUUCUUCAUGGCUUUCGUUUUGA